AUCUGACCUCUUUGACCUAUGGGUGUGUGUUAUUUAGAAAGAAGCCCUUUGCAAAAAGACUGAAGUAUUUCAAAGCUUUGUAUUUUAUAGAAAUAGCAUGUUGAAAAACAAGUGUGCUAUGGACUUUGACCCCAUAGCCGAUCAAGACACACCCAUCCACUCUUUCUUUAUUUCCUCCACUUCUCAUGCAAAAAUCACAUCUUGGAAUGUCGCUGUCGACGAUAAAGUUCGAAGGGGUGUAGUCCUUUUGUCAUAUGCUCUACACGAUGGCGAUGGCGUCCAAUCAAAUUGCAACAAAGACGGUCAACUGAAGUCCACUAUUGUGGGUGUGGUCAGAGAGACACUGUUCAAGGUUGGAGAGAUGGUCCCUCCUGGGUCCCAUGUGGUGAGUGUAGAGAUGAGGUGUGAGCACAGUGUGGUAGUCUAUGACCUUUGUACUGACUGUGGACUCAACCUACGCAAAGGUAAGAGUGGUCCACCGGUGCGACCAGGUGGCCCCACCUCUGACAGGAUCAGUAUGGUGCACGGCAUACCAGAGAUACAGAUCAGCAGAGAGGAGGCAGAGUUGCUUGGUAACAAAGACAAGCUGCGGCUACUCUCCAGUCGGAAACUUGCCCUGAUCAUAGACCUGGACCAGACACUCAUACACACAUCAGUGGACCCCAACGUUGAGCCUGGACUACCCGAUGUGUACGGGUUUAGGCUCCCUGGUCACUCGAUGCUCUACCAUUGUCGUCUGCGUCCUCACGCUCGCCAGUUCCUACUCACCGUGUCCAAGUACUACGAGACGCACGUGUUCACCAUGGGGACCAAACUGUAUGCUGCCAGUGUGACUCAUAUUCUGGACCCAGACAAGAAGCUGUUCCACGGGAGGAUCAUCUCGAGAGACGACUGCUUUGAUCCUCACUCCAAAGCUCUUAGACUCAAGUCUGUGUUCCCGUGUGGCGAUGCAAUGGUUGCCAUUAUCGACGAUCGAGAAGAUGUUUGGAGGAACUGUCCUAACCUCAUUCACGUUAAGCCGUACGUCUUUUUUGCUGGAACGUCCGACAUCAACGCCCCACCAGGGUCACACCCUUCACGCCCUCACACAAAGAACACCCCCUCCACAGCAUCACAUGUUACACACCCUCACACAUCAACAAACACAAAUACCGAUUCGAACCUCACCAGCCCCUCCAAGAAUGCCUCCCCUAUUCAACUGUCUCCUACCAAACACAUACCUGUACAAAAAGUUGAAGGUCCCUCUCAGUCCACCAUAGACCCGGCGGUCCAAUCCGAAAAAGUUGACUCCAGUUCUUCGAGCAACUCAGAUAGUGAUCGUGACGACACGAGCAGUAGUAGCAGUAGCAGUGUGGACGAUACUGUGUUUGAUGCUCUAGAGAACAGUCCAACAGAGCCUUCAAACAAUGAGCUAAUUUCAGCCGAAGCCCUGCAACUCCCCACUACAGCUGAGCCUCUCAUCACCACGCCGACCUUUGACCUGAUAAAGGACAAGAAAGUCGACGUUCAAAUCACCACAUCGACCUUUGACCUGAUAAAGGACAAGAAAGCCGAUGUUCAAAUCGCCACGCCGACCUUUGAACUGAUAAAGGACAAGAAAGCCGACGUUAAAGUUACAGCUGGAAGCAUCGAAAUCGAUCCCAAAAUGGAUUUAUCCGAGAGUGAUGCAAUGGACACAGAGGUUGAUAGCCAAGCAGUACUAAUACCUACGGAAACACCCCCUAUUAAAGGCAAAGCUCGAAAUAUUGAAGACCCAGAUCACUUUCUCCUUGAUUUGACGGAGACCCUGAAGCGAGUUCAUAAAAUGUUCUACUCUGAGUUCAAAGCAACGAGUCAGCAAUCCCAUAACCUCGCUACUCCGGACUUGAAGCAAAUUAUUCCUGAAAUACGUCGUUCUGUUCUAAAAGGCACGAAGAUCCUGUUCACUGGAGUGAUUCCAACCAACCUGCCAGUGGAGAAGUCUCCUGAAUGGAACACGGCGAGGGCAUUUGGAGCAUCCAUUCACGAUCGAUUUGUAUACGGGCUGACUAGCUCCAACCCACGCAAAGCCAUACAAGCCACCACACACGUUAUAGUCGGGAGACCAGGUACCUCCAAGUUACGUGAGGCUAGGAGAAUCUCCGGUAUUAAGAUUGUGAGCCCCAAGUGGUUGUGGAGCUGUGCUGAGCAGUGGAAGUUAGUUGAUGAAAGGGGCUUCCCCAUUCAACUCGAAGACCAGGAACAGAUCCAUAUCAAACCACUCAUAAAAUCUCCCAAAAUAACCACUCCAGGACACCGAACUGAUUUGAAAGACAGUACUCAUACUCGUUGUGAAGAUGAUGUAUUCGACCAAGACCUGGCACUUGCCGAGAAAACGUCUCAAAAAAGUAGAAUUCCUGAGAGGCAAUUGUCCAUAGGCUCUGUAUCUGACGAGGAGCUAGAGAGGAUGAAUGCUGAGGUGGAUGCUGAGAUAGACGUGUCCAGUGGAUCCAGCUCUAACGAAGGUGAUGUCUCGAGGUUGGUGGAAGCUAUGGACGAGGAUGUCUCGCUAUCGUAUGACAAGUCCGCCGGGAGUAGUCUGAUUGGAGAGAAUGGUCGUAAACGAAAACACGACGAUGUGUCCAGCUCGUCUGAUAACAGCCCCCAUUCUCUGGGACUACUCGAUGAAUCAGUGGAUGUGAGUGAGAGCAGCGAUGGAGACAGUGGGGACGAACUAGCUAAACUGUUAGGAACAUGAUUUUAUGCAAUGCAUAAUUAUUAUUCGUUGUUGUGCUGUUAUUGUGCAAUGUCUGUUUUGUUUGUUGUUUAUAAUCCGC